UCUGCAGCAAAUGUUGCAGAAAUGAAUGCUCGCGCCAAAAUGAUAUUGUAGAAAAGGCAUGAAUGACUGUCUUGGGCACACAAGUCAUAACAUUUCUGCCAUCCUGCCAGAGUCCCACAAUGGCAUAAGCCAACACAGCUCGACAGUACAUAUUUACCACGCGUGGAUCGUCGACUCCGUCUCCCAUCGCUCAUUCAAUAAGUAUUGAGACACUGUUAUUGUGCUCAAUGUAUUGCCAGUCGAUAUACCUCGUACUCCUAUAUAUUUGCGAGCUUUGAUAUUAAUAAUGCGGGUCUGAUUACUUAAGUUGUAAAAGGCCAUAUAUCGAAGCGAGCAGCAGCGCAGAUUGUUACGUGUUUUUGUGCGAGAAAAAGAAGAAAAUGUAAACGGUACAUGCGGUUCGAGAGUUCUAUUUUAAAUAAACAAUUCAAAUUCUCGAUCUGUUUGAGGGAUAAUCAGCUGUCGUCGCGUAGCGCAAUAUAUAUAGUACUCUGUGUAUAUCAUAAAGUGAACAAUGGCUAGCAAAGUGAAAACUCUCAAGCAGCCGAUGCGUCGUGUCAAAUAGAGAGAAAUUCGCGACGAAAAAAAUAAAAAUAAAUUGCGCACUCGAAUAUUCAUUGAAUCUCUCUGAGUCUGUGAAAAGUUCACCUGUGGUCACUCGAUAAUUAAAUCAUUUUUUGCUAUGCAUUUAUUUGCCCUAACGAACGAUUCUCGUACAUUUGCGACUUGACCUGUGUUCAAGCUCACAUUUUUAUUCAAUGUUUUCUCGAUUCACCAAAGGUUCGAAUGGACUUUUUCCAUAUGAGACUCUUAUAGGAUUGCCAGAAUUAUUGUAUAGUAGAAUAUCUGUUAUGGAUAACUUAUUCACUUUAAAUUCAACUGAUGAAUCAGAUGGAUUACCUCAGGCAGAAGCUUAUGUUUGGAUCUUGGGUACCAAGUAUAAUUCUAAGAAAGAUAUUGAUGAGAUUCGUAAUGAUAUUAAAUCUAGAUUAUGGUUCACUUAUCGAAAAGGAUUUGUACCGAUUGGUGGUUUUGGAUCCUCAUUUACAUCGGAUAAGGGAUGGGGCUGUAUGCUUAGAUGUGGUCAAAUGGUAUUAGGUCAAGCUCUUGUUUCAUUACACUUAGGUAGAAGUUGGAGAUGGACACCAGAAACUAAAAAUAGCACUUACUACAAAAUAUUAAAAAGCUUUGAGGAUCGACGAGCAGCUCCUUAUUCGAUACACCAAAUAGCAUUAACAGGUGCAUCAGAAGGCAAAACUGUUGGAGAAUGGUUUGGUCCAAACACAAUAGCUCAAGUUUUAAAAAAACUAGUCGUAUUUGAUGACUGGAGUGCACUAACAAUCCACGUUGCUUUAGACAAUGCGUUAAUUGUUAAUGAUGUCAUAAGGCAAUGUAGAGUCGAAAGCGCAUCUACAGCUGAGGUCGACGGCGAUGUACCAUUAAAAGCACCUAGCCAAUGGAAACCAUUACUGCUACUGAUACCAUUAAGAUUGGGAUUAAAUGAAAUUAAUCCUAUCUACAUAAGUGGCCUUAAAACUUCAUUCCAAUUUCCUCAAUCACUUGGACUUAUUGGAGGAAAACCAAGUCAUGCUCUAUAUUUCAUUGGCUAUGUUGGAGAUGAAGUGAUCUUUCUUGAUCCUCAUACUACUCAAAGAUACGGAAGUACUGAUCAAACCUCGGAUGAUUACGAUCCAAACAUUGAUACAACUUAUCACUGUAAAACUGCCACCAAAAUACCAAUUUCAGAAAUGGAUCCUUCAGUAGCUCUUUGUUUUUUCUGUGCUAAUGAACUUGAAUUCCAAAAUCUCUGCAAGCUUAUGAAAGAGGAACUGAUUCAAAAUGAAAAACAGCCUCUUUUUGAAAUUUGUGCUGAAAAACCAGCCAAUUGGUCUUCGGCUGAAACUACAGAGGAGCAAAGUGCUGCAGCAUCUGCAUUUAUGCGAAAUUCAUCAGAUGAAGGAUUUGAACUUCUUGGUUGACAGUCAAAAGUCUUGCAUCAAAAUUCAUCUAAAAUGCAAAAUUUAUUUAGCUGAACUCUGCAAACAUAUUGAAUUGUCAAAUAGUGUCACUCUUACAGGUGUUGACAUCUUAAUAACAUCACAAAAGAAUAAUCAGUACAAUUAAAUGUUUAGUUUUAAUUGUCAUACACUAUUUAAAAAAUAAAUAUCAAAACUAUUUUUAUUCACGUGUAUAAAAGUUAUUAAGCAGCAAGAAUGCU